AUGAGUUUAUCCCGCACAGAAAACAACGGCACCACCAGUGACACUCCGGCUCGUGAGUUCAACAACAAUGAACGUAACGCGCCAGUGAACAACGGUGGCGCGGGUCGAGGGGGCCGUUGGGCCUUUCGGGGUGAUUUCCGCUCAGAUGAGGGGGGUGAACGUAAGGGAAAGCCGUGGGGGAGGUUCCCGCAAGGGGAUGGUGAAAGAGGCAAUCGCGGUUACGGUGGAGGUUAUCGAGGCCGUGGCGGCAGGGGUCGCGGUGGCGGUGGCGGUGGCGGAUUCCGUGAAGGCAGUUUUGGUUUCGAGAACCGGGCACAACAACAGCCACCGCGUGAGGGGUUAAUGAAUGACCAGGCUCCUCAAGAGGAGAGACAACCAACGGAAGAAUCAGAACCGGUGCAGAGGGGACGGUUUGACGUUGAUUUCUAUGACAGACCUCGCCGCCGGGGCCGAGGCCGGCAGUAUGGUGGUAGAGGGGAUAAUGACGGUGAAAGGGGCUUCUUCGGGGGAGAUAACAACGAGAGGCAACCACAGAAACAGAGGCAACAAAACCCAAAGCCGUUUGGUCAGCAGCAGCAGCUGGAACCACAGCAGGAGGAUGAACAAGAGGCCGUAGCGUCGCCACAACAGCAGUACAAUCAGCAGCAACGGCAGCCUGAGAGGAGGCCCGAUACAGCUCCCACAAUGGAUCCCAUUUCUACGAACCCUAACCGCACACAACGCGCGCCACGUUUCCGUAAGAACUGUCGCGACGAAAGGGAGAUCGAGAAGCUGUUCGAGAGUCAUCAUCAACAAAAAGGUAUCUCUCUCGAGAACUAUGCCAGUAUUCCCGUCGACAUCGUCCCCCGUGACAUUGAUGCUGUUGAAAGCUUUGAAGACCUCUUCGUCGAGCCAGCACUUGCUUUGAAUAUUGCAAAGUGUGGAUAUAAGGAACCGACCCCCGUUCAGCGCUACGGUAUCCCCGUCUGUCUUAACGGUAAUGACCUCAUGGCAUGCGCGCAGACAGGUUCCGGAAAGACAGCAGCAUUCCUUGUUCCAGUCGUGCACUACAUUCUAAAAAAUGGUGUUUCUCCAGCAAAGGACCGCAUCAGCCACCCCAUUGCCGUCAUCAUGGCUCCAACUCGAGAAUUGGCGUUGCAGAUAUAUGAUGAAGUCCGCAAACUGACGUUUCGCACAGAUAUCUUCUACGAUGUCGUUUACGGUGGCACACCGUACCCUACGCGUUUUGAGAACGAUAUUCUUGUUGCCUGCCCAGGCCGCCUGAAGGACAUUUUUGAUCGUAACAUUGUUUCUUUCAGCUGUGUCAAGUUUCUCAUUCUGGACGAAGCGGAUCGUAUGCUUGAGAUGGGGUUUGAAGAACAGAUUGAGUACCUUGUUGCCUCACGCUACUCCGACAUGCCUUCAAGUGAGGAAAGGCAAACACUCAUGUUUAGUGCUACCUUUCCACAACGCAUUCUCAAUCUCGCGAAACGGUACCUGCGACCGAAGUACUACCUCCUAACGGUCGGCCGUGUGGGCUCAACAACGAAAAACAUAACUCAAAAACUUGAGCGGGUGCCGGAAGCGGAGAAGAAGGAUAAACUUUUCGAUAUCAUUUACAAGCAGAAGCAAACUGAUCUUGUCCUGAUAUUUGUGGAGACCAAGCGGUCAGCUGAGCAACUUCACAGUGCCCUUAAAAGCAGCGGCAUCCCCAGUACCACUAUCCAUGGUGACCGCCGCCAGAGCGACCGAGAGAUCGCAUUGAAAGAUUUCAAGAGCGGCAUUACGCCUAUUUUGGUGGCAACUGACGUUGCUUCUCGCGGUCUUGAUAUCCCCAACGUUGCCCAUGUUAUUCAGUACGACUUACCAAAGGAAAUGGAUGAUUACACCCACCGUAUCGGGCGUACCGGACGAGCUGGAAACAAGGGAGUUGCAACUUCAUUUUACGACAGAAAUAACCGCAAUCUUGCUGUGGAACUGUACCACUACCUGCGUGAACACGAACAGGAGGUACCUAUGUGGCUUGAAAAUGAAAAGGAUGCCGUAGAGGGAGAGCGGUUUGUUGGCGGCACGCGCGGUGGGAACCGACGAGGUGGCGGCGAAAGCCGUGCCGCUGCUCCACUUGGAAACUCGACAUGGGGUGAAGCCGCUACUGGCAGAGGUGGCCGCCAAGGCGGUCAGCAGCAGCAGGAACGCAAAGAAUCGAAUGUGGAUGACGGAGGCUUCUAA